UCCUUCGUGGAAGGGACGGUUCCAGAAACAAGCCAAGAAGUAAGAGAGUUGAAAGCCGCAUCAAAAAAUAACGCUGUAGUGGAAGACCCGAGGAAUACAGAUGAAACUGAAGUCGAAUUCCCGAACACUACACCAAGACCGAACACUGAAGAAAAAAACUUGGAGACGUCUCCAGGAAGUGUAGUGAUCAAAAAGACUCCAGCAGAUGAUGGCAGUUUUGGAAACGUCUAUAUAUACUUGAACUUGGUGAAGGAUCUUUCAACUAAGGUGAAACGAGCAGAAGAAAUGAAAGAAAAUAUACCUAAGAGGUAA